GGAAAAGGGUCUCCCACUUUUCUGAAGGGAUUUUGACAAAAAUAAACUGUAAGAGAAAACUUUCUACAAGAUAGAUGACUAAAGGUAACGGAGAAGAUCCAAAAACUGGAAGUAGGAUGGAACGCUUUCAACAAGGAGUCCGGAAACGUACACUUUUGGCAAAAAAAAAGGUGCAGAGCAUAACAAAGGAUGAUGUUAAAAGUUAUUUAUUGAGGAAUGCCUUUGUGCUCUUCACCGUUGUUGCUGUGAUUCUUGGUGUAAUCCUUGGAUUUUCUCUCCGAUCCUAUAAGAUGAGUUAUCGGGAAGUCAAGUACUUUUCAUUUCCAGGAGAACUACUUAUGAGAAUGCUGCAAAUGCUGGUCCUGCCACUAAUUGUAUCCAGUUUAGUCACAGGAAUUGCUGCCCUGGAUAGUAAAGCAUCAGGGAAGAUGGGAGUCCGAGCAGUAGUCUACUACAUGAGUACUACGAUCAUUGCUGUACUGAUUGGUAUAAUCAUUGUGGUCAUCAUCCACCCUGGGAAGGGCACAAAAGAAAACAUGCACAGAGAAGGCAAAAUUGUGCAAGUGACAGCAGCAGAUGCCUUUCUUGAUUUAAUCAGAAACAUGUUCCCUCCAAACUUGGUGGAAGCUUGCUUUAAACAGUUCAAAACUAACUAUGAGAAGAGAAUGUUUAAAGUAGAUAUCCCACCCAACGACACAUCCACAGUGGCUUCCAUAAUAAGCAAUGUGUCAGAAGCAAUGGAAGCCCUCACCCGAAUGAAAGAGGAAAUAGUUCCUGUCCCAGGUUCUGUAAACGGAGUGAAUGCCCUUGGCUUGGUGGUUUUUUCUAUAAGCUUUGGCCUGGUGAUUGGAAGCAUGAAGGAGCAAGGUCAGGCAUUAAAAGACUUCUUUGACAGCCUGAAUGAGGCUAUCAUGCGAUUGGUAGCUCUAAUCAUGUGGUAUGCUCCACUUGGAAUCCUCUUCUUGAUUGCUGGAAAAAUUGUUGAGAUGGAAGAUAUGGGUGUGAUUGGUGGUCAGCUUGCCAUGUAUACUGUAACAGUUAUUAUCGGUUUGCUAAUUCAUGCUGUCAUCGUCCUACCUCUUCUCUACUUCCUGAUCACUCGUAAGAACCCUUGGGUGUUUAUUGGAGGACUGAUUCAGGCACUAGUUACAGCUUUGGGAACGUCUUCCAGUUCUGCCACACUACCUGUUACAUUUAAGUGUCUAGAAGAAAUAAAUGGAGUAGACAAGCGAGUUACAAGAUUUGUACUCCCAGUCGGUGCUACAAUUAAUAUGGACGGAACUGCUUUAUAUGAGGCUUUGGCUGCAAUUUUCAUUGCACAGGUUAACAACUUUGAUCUGAACUUUGGGCAGAUUAUCACAAUCAGCAUCACAGCUACAGCUGCCAGCAUUGGGGCUGCAGGCAUCCCUCAAGCUGGACUGGUCACCAUGGUCAUUGUGCUUACCUCAGUAGGUUUGCCUACAGAUGAUAUCACCCUUAUCAUUGCAGUGGACUGGUUCUUGGAUCGUCUCCGUACUACUACCAACGUCUUGGGAGACUCCAUUGGAGCAGGAAUUGUUGAACAUUUAUCACGGCAUGAACUGAAGAACAAGGAUGCUGAGAUGGGUAAUUCUGUGAUAGAGGAAAAUGAAAUGAAGAAACCAUACCAACUGAUCUCACAAGAAAAUGAGAGUGAGAAACCAUUAGAUAGUGAAACCAAGAUGUAGGGUAAAGAAGGCAU